UAAACUUCUUCAGUUUUGUAAGCUGAGCGACUCUUUGUUUUGGACAGCCAAGAUUCCGAAUUGUGCACGCACCGACAGAUAUAAUGGAGCAGUACGAGUGUGAGGAUGCGGUGCAGACGGCACUGCAACAGCGGCGGCCACAGCACAUCGUAACCAUCAUCAACAAGUUCCUGGCACAACAGCACAGUGAAGGCAAGAGCACCGUGCCCGCCAUCGACUUCGUGUGUCUCGAAUGUCGUGACGACGGGCCCGAGGGCAACGCACGUGCCUUCUUCUCAGCACCGCCACCCACCGUCGUCUUCUGUGCCAACCGUCUACACUCAGCACGGGAAGUAGAGGAGACCAUGGUACACGAACUCAUCCACGCCUACGAUUUUACAGUGCGCAAGAUGGACAUCACCAAGUCGGACAUCUUGGCCUGCAGUGAGAUCCGGUCUGCGCGUGAGUCCGAGUGCUAUCAAAAGGCGAAGUUACUCGAGACUGUGCUGCCAAACGUCGAGUUCUUCCAGAAAAGUGCACGCUGGCUCAAUGCACGAUGCGUUCGUGAACACGCUGUACGAUCUACAAGUUCCAUGUUUCCUGCUGAAGCGCGUGAUGAAGUCGACAAGAUGUUUGAGCAGUGCUAUACCGACCACAGUCCGUUUAAGAAUAAGUGAUCCUCGUCGCGUAGUCUGUAAAAGCGGUGUGCGAUGAGUUGUUCGUGCAUAAUAGAGAGCGAUUAAAUGUUAUUUGAAGCUGUU